AUGGUCCUCGUUGGAAUACCAAUUUCGGUGGCAAUAACCCAGACGAUAUCUGGUACAACCUUGAUAGGAUCGCAGGAGAUCAAGUCGGAGAUCGUGGGAUCUUCUGCCAACAAGAUCAUCAAGAUGCCAACUCCUACUGUAAUGGAAAUCCAGGAGUGA